AUGGAACGCUUGCGAAGAGCGUGCAUGAAGACCAGCAAGCAGCUCUGGCAAGUGAUCGAUGAGGAGUGGCGUCAUUCCCCUCCAGCAUCGCUAGAUGACUUCGACCGCUUUCCCGCGUCCUUGCUACACCUGGCGCCCCCUCCCCACGCUCCGGUGCUGCCGCGCAGCAACACGGUGCGCACGACCUGUCGUGGAGCGCAGCAGUCAGAGUAUCCAAAGCCCAAAGUGGCGGAGGUUUUCUUGGGCAAGGGCUGUGACGUGAUUGACAGCACCAGCGAGGAAGAAAUGAAACAGCUGGAAGAUGUCUUGAAGCCAAGUUCGCAGCGGCCUGCGCUGCUGAAGCAUUUGGCGCGGCGCUGUUUCCCCGGCAAUUGGACGUUUGAACAUCUCUCUCAACGAGGUGGAGAUGUGGUGGUGGAUGGAGUCCGUUUGGGAACUGGAGAUGGUGGAUACACUUUCCAUUACGCUGAUGAGUCUAAGGACGCCUGUUUUACGGAUCGCAAUGCUCAGCAUCAGCUGGCAGACGCCAUGUCCCUGGCGGACUUCCUGGCGGCAGGACGUCAGGAAGGCCCUGGGCUCUACCUGUGGCUGGUGCUGCUGCAGUCGAAGCAGGGGAUCAUCCAACGCAGCGCAUUGGCAGAGAGGCUGCGUGAGGAACUUGAUGCCAUGGAUUGGGACAUCCUCAAGAAGAUCUCGGAGUUGGGUGACCUGGGCAGUCUGAAGAAGCUGCAGCUCUUUUGUGGCGUGGGUGGCACCGUGACGGCCUGCCAUUACGAUCAAAGUCAAAACCUCUUCUUUCAACUUCAAGGCACCAAAAGGUUCAUCCUUUUUCCACCUUUGGUGGGAGCUGGUGCGUUGCUGCCAUUCCCAAUUGCACAUCCACGCGACCGUUGUGCCCGUGCACCUUUGGAUCAGACGUUCCCCAAGCAGUCGCAUUUGGCGCAUGGACAAGGUAUCGAGGUCAUCGUGGAAGCAGGAGAUUGCCUUUUCCUGCCGCAGAUGUGGUGGCACCAUGUGGAGUCGCUGUGUGCGGAGAACCUCUCGCUGUCGCUGUGGCUCCAGGGUGGUGCUUUGGACCGGCGUCCGAUGCCGAUGCCGGGGAUGCCCCAAGCCCUGGUGGCGGAGUUGCUCAGGGAGUGGGAGUUUUACUUGGCCAGCCACAUUGGCUAUGGUCCGGAGUUGGAAUUGUUCCUACUGUGGUUGAGAUCUCCUUCCAGUGCAACUGGCGACGCGAGCAUACCUUAUGAGUGGCUGCGCUGUGGAGCAUUGCUGCUGCAACACGCCAUUCGGUUGCUGCCGCCACAAUGGCUACCACACUUUUUAGGAGCCUUUGAUGUUCAUCGAUUUCAUGGUUUGGAUCUUCGCAGCUCGACAGCUCCAAGACGGGGCGGUCCUGCGUGUGCGAGGAAGCAUGCCUGGCCACAGCAGCGGAAAAUGAAAGGGGAGGGCUGGCCAGGAUGGCCCAAAGAAGUUCAUCAUAAUCAUAAUUCAUUUCUAUGCUUCUAG